GUCCCGCUGGGCCCAGUUCCAGUACGACUGUCAGCCCUCAGAACACUUUGCCAGCGGCUGCAAACAGGACAACUACGCAGCCUGCCUCCUGUCCUACACUGGCCUCAUGGGCAGUACGAUAACUCCGAACUACCUUGAUAACUCAACGUCUAACGUGGGUCCGUGGUGCUCCUGCUCGGCCUCCGGGAACCACCGGGAACAGUGUGACGGCUUCCUGGAAUAUUUUCAUGAUAAUGUCUGCCUGAAGAAUGCCAUGAUGGCGUUUGGGAACGAGACAGACAAGCAGUCCUCCAUCGGAGCAGCCAACCAACCAGACACGCCCAGCCCCACUCUCGCUACCCCCAACAACCACAUCCAGCGCCCGGCAACCACCGUCCCUGGUAUCACCAUGGAAACAAAACAGAAUGUCCUGAGAGAACAGAUACCCACUCAGGUGAAUGAAAACGAUAGACUGUGGGGUGAUGAUGGUGAAGACUCCACCCUGCUGUCUCCCGGGCUGUUGGACCAUGGAGCUCCUCCCCUCCUCCUGUCUACAGUGGGCUGGACCCUUCCACUGGGCCUCUCCCUGCUGCUGCUGCUCGGAUACCAGUAGACCCUGGUCUGGGCCUGACCUAGCCCUGGGGCUCCAUAGACUACUCUUCAGACUGACUUACCUAGGGGAGGAGAGAGAGAGAUGUAAAUGUGUAAAGGAAGAGGAAGGGAUUAUCCUUCUCUCCUCCUCACU